UGUCGCCUUGGACACGAGUCCUGGCAUCUUCUCACUCACCUUCAUCAUCUCACGCCACAUCUUCCCCAAAUCCAAACCCUAAUUUGAUCAUCUUCCAUUUUGUUCCACCUAUUGCCUGUUGAUUCUGCAAUUCGGUUUUAAAAUUAUUCAUCCAUUCGAGAAAAUUCUGAAUUCGGUCGCACUUUUGCGAUCCUGACGUUGUUUGAUUGCUAGAUUUUUCAUCUCGCAAUGGCUAUGCUGUUGGAAGAUAUCUUGCAAUCGGUGGAACUGUGGUUGAAGCUCAUCAAGCAGCCCCAGCCUUACGUGAAUCCCAAUCUCGACCCUGUUCUGUUGGUGCCUGGUAUUGCUGGUUCGAUUCUUAAGGCUGUAGAUGAUGAGAAUGGUAAAGAAGAAAGGGUUUGGGUUCGGAUUCUCGCCGCUGAUUAUACAUUCCGGACAAAGCUAUGGUCUCGUUUUGAUCCUGCUACCGGUAAAACUGUUUCUAUGGACUCAAACACCAGUGUUACUGUUCCGGAAGACAGAUAUGGACUAUAUGCAAUUGAUGUUUUGGACCCUGAUAUGGUAAUUGGACGUGAGUGUGUUUAUUAUUUCCAUGACAUGAUCGUUGAAAUGAUUAAAUGGGGGUUUCAGGAGGGAAAGACCCUUUUUGGCUUUGGUUAUGAUUUUCGCCAAAGUAACAGGUUGCCAGAAACUUUAGAUCGGUUGGCUGCAAAAUUAGAAUCAGUGUACAAUGCUGCAGGAGGGAAGAAGAUAAAUAUCAUAAGCCAUUCUAUGGGUGGCCUUUUGGUGAAAUGUUUCAUGUGCCUGCGUAGUGAUAUUUUUGAGAAAUAUGUUAAGAAUUGGAUUGCAAUUGCCGCUCCAUUCCAGGGUGCACCUGGAUAUGUCAAUUCUACCUUUUUAAAUGGAAUGUCAUUUGUUGAGGGAUGGGAGCAGAAUUUCUUCAUUUCAAAAUGGAGCAUGCACCAGUUGCUGGUUGAAUGUCCAUCUCUAUAUGAACUUAUGGGUUGCCCUGAUUUUCACUGGGAGAACACCCCAGCUCUAGAACUGUGGCGUGAGAAGCAUGAUUCUGAUAGGAAGCAUGAUCAUGAUUCUGAUGGGAAACCUCGUGUUAUUCUGGAGUCUCAUCAUCCAGAAGAUAGUAUUGAGAUUAUAAAGGAAUCUCUUGCAAAUAACAAAGUCAACUAUGAUGGUGAGGAUUUGCCCCUUCCCUUUAACAUGGAGAUCAUGAAGUGGGCAAAUAAAACUCGCGAGAUUUUAUCUGGUGCGAAACUUCCUUCUGAAGUCAAAUUCUACAAUAUUUAUGGGAUUGGUCUUGAGACGCCCCAUACUGUUUGCUAUGGAAGUGGAGAGAAGCCUGUCUCAGAUCUACAACAGCUACGUUAUUCCCAGGCCAAAUACAUUUGUGUUGACGGUGAUGGAACAGUACCAGCCGAAUCAGCUAAGGCUGAUGGGCUCAAAGCAGAGGCAAGGGUUGGAGUUCCAGGCGAACACAGGGGUAUUCUUUGUGAGCGUCACGUAUUUCGGAUUCUCAAACAUUGGCUGAAGGCUGGAGAUCCCGAUCCCUACUACAACCCACUGAACGAUUAUGUGAUUCUGCCAACUGCGUUUGAAAUGGAGCAGCGCAAAGAGAAUGAUCUAGAUGUCUCAUCCCUUAAAGGGGAAUGGGAAAUAAUUUCUCACGACCAAGAUGAAUGCAGCCAUUCUGCUGAUAAAAUUUCUCUGAGUGCCAUAUCUGUUUCGCACGAAGGAGCCAAUCAGUCCUGUUCUGACGCUCAUCCCGGUAUCCUUGUUCACUCUGGCAACAACGGCGGGCGGCAGUGUGUUCAACUGAACGAGUUAACCGUCUCAGUCGAUGCCUGAUAAAAAUCAGCUUCUUUUAAAGUGUUGCAGUGGAAGUGAAUGGUAAUUAUCCUGUACAGCUUAUUAUAUUCGUCGAUGACAUCAUGUUUGAAGGGGUUGUAAUGGUAUAUAUGUAUCUAAGGGUUAUAUCAUACAUGAGAAAUAUGCCAUCGUUCUGACAAAAACACUCAAUGUCUGGUAUAUAAGGUCUGGCAUAGUAAGAUGAUGUGCCAUCUACAAAUUUCUAAAGGAAAGGUCUUUGCUUUUAUGAACCUAGAUUUCUGAUAUUGUAUAAGCA